AUGCCGUUCCCUUCAGCUUCCCCGGAGGAGCUGAAUCUCUUUCCUGUCAACAAUAAUUCUCCAAAUAACCCCCCACUGCCUACGAACCUGGCAGCCACGUUUCCCCGCCACUCGGCUGCGGAACCUCCGAGCUCGAGCUCUCGCAGCUGUGUGACCUGCCGCCGCAGGAAAGUCCGCUGCAACAAGAAGUCCCCGUGUUCGAAUUGUACCAAAGCCGGCAUCGACUGCGUCUUUCCCCCUCCCGGCCGUGCACCGCGGAAGUCGAAGCGUCCUCCGGACGCAGAGCUGCUUUCACGGUUGCGUCGUUUGGAGGGUGUUAUUGACCAUCUUAGGGGCAGUGGAAAUACAGAAGGUGCAUCGACCUCGACUCAGGCGCCGUCUUCUACGACUGGAUCUUCGACCGGUCGGAGCGAACCGACUGCGCCCACGUCUGUUCCUACUGAGCCACAGAAUCAGACUGGCGGCGGACGUGUCUGUCCGUUCGAAGAAGCAGAUCCGAAGAAACUUGCUACCAAUAAGUUUGAGAAUGAAUUUGGGCGGUUGGUCAUUGAUGAAGGCCGGAGCCGAUAUGUCAGCAAUCGGCUCUGGACUAGUCUUGGGGACGAGAUCGAGGAGCUACAAGAUAUCCUUGACCAUUCAUCGUCAGAGGAAGAUGAUACACCUUCACCAGAGUCUUCUCAGUCGGGCUCACAUGACGGUUUCCUUUUUGGCUUCUACUCACUUUCAAAGUCUCUUCGAGAGUUUCAUCCCCCCGCGCCCAAGGUCUCAGUACUUUGGGAAACAUACCGGGAGAAUGUGGCUCCUUUGAUCACUAUCGUACACCGACCGACUGCUAAAGCACUUUUUGCCGAGGCAGCAAGGAACCCAGAUGCACUGGACAAAAUUUCAGAGGCACUGAUAUUUUCCAUGUAUCUUUGCAGCAUUGUCAGCAUGAAGCCGGAUGACUGCUGGUUCCAGUUCGGCGAAAACCGAACUACUGCUGUCAAGCGUUACAGGUUUGCUACAGAACAAGCACUGGCAAAAGCCGGGUUCUUGAAUACACAAAGCUUGGUCCUUCUACAAGCUGCUGUCUUAUUCUUGGUCUGCGUGCGACGAGAAGAUGAUAGCAAGUUUGUGUGGUCUAUGACAUCGAUCGUAUUACGCCUUGCUCAAAGCUUAGGCUUACACCGGGAUGGCAGCAAUUUCGCUCUGAAACCGUUCGAAACGGAGAUGCGGCGCCGAUUAUGGUGGCAUAUCUCGCUGUUGGAUGUCCGCUCGUCUGAAGACCAUGGGACGGACCCGCUCAUUCACGAGAGAAUGUACGAUACUUUACUGCCAUUAAAUAUCAAUGACGACGAUCUGUCGCCCGACAUGGAAGAGCCCCCCGAAGAGCGAGAAGGCUACACGGAUGCUACAUUCUGCCUUAUUCGCUGUGAGAUCACGAGCGCUUUGCGGAGAGCAAAUUACGCGUGUCCCGGGGCCCAGUUUCGUGUACCUAGCAGUCUACCGCCCAUAGAUCGUGCUGGACGGAUGAUUCAAAUUAUCAGUGAUCGAUGUGAACAACGGUAUAUCAGGCACUGUGAUAUGAACGUCCCCCUGCAGUGGUGCGCCGCCACAGUUGGGCGUCUGAUCCUUGCUAAAUUAUGGUUGAUUGUCCAUCACCCAAUGACCCGAAGAGACCGCGCAAAUGUGUCCCAAGCAACUCGACAGAGUUUGUUUCUAACAGCAAUUGAGGUCCUCGAGUUUGGCCACUUGCUUGAAACUGAUCCCAAGACCGCCAAAUGGGGCUGGCUGUUCAGGACCAAUAUGCAAUGGCACGGAGUUGCAUUCGUUCUGUCUGAGAUAUGUGUCCGACCGAUUUGCCCUAUCACCGACAGAGCUUGGGCCGCUGUCAGUUCGAUCUACACGGAAUGGGCCGUGCAGGCCACACAUAAGAAGGGCAUGCUGUGGCGGCCGCUCGCCGCCUUGAUGAAAAGAGCUGCUGCCACUCGGGCCAAGCAACAGCAAGAGCUGGUAUCCACCUUCGGACCAUUGCCCACCACAGCAGAGCCAAUUCCAAGCAUUAGUCAUAACCACAGCCUUCCCCGCAUUCAUAUGCCAAUGGGGAUGCCGAAUUCGCCCUCGAUAAACCGACCAGGCCCGACAGAACCGAUUAUGCCUGAUGCAGACUACAAUAUUGACCUCAGCAAUGGACCGUUGGAUGCUCUUCGAAGCAUGUUCCCUGAGACAGACCUCCUAGCUACUUCGAGCGAUAUAUUCGAUGCUCCACCCACUCAGAAUAAUAUCUCGGCUCCAAGCUUGUCUUCAAGCAUGCCCUACAACACAACCAUGAUAAACCCAUUCUUGAAUCAGACUCCCCUUGCCGACGCCUCUCAGCUCAGCUGGGAAGAAUGGGAUCAAGUUAUGCGUGAUUUCCAGAUGGAUGUUGAAAAUGAAAAUUUCCAACGAACCAACGGAACAAAUGUUGCCGAAUGGUUUGCCUAG